AUGAACAAACAAAAGUCGUCAAUGAAAAAAGGGCCCCAAACUGCGAAAGGCGAUGAAGCCAACAAACGUGUAAAGUUUGCGGUUCCUGUAACAUCUCGAAUCGGAACUCCACCAGCCCCAAAAAAUAGUGGUGAAAAAAGAGCAGCUGGAAAUGCUGAAACCGCAGCGAAGCCACAGAAAAAGAGCAAAACAUCGGAAUCGACAGAUUGUUUUCAACUUGCAAGCGAGCAAAAGAAAAUUGAGGAAGAUUUGAGUGAGACUGAAUCGAAUAUAUUUUCAACUAUCACUGAUGUUCGAAUUAUUGCCAAUAAAAUGAUUGGAGGAAUUCAGACUGUCUCAAGCGCUUCUUCGAAACUCAAAGCAUCCGAAGAUUUUUUGCUGAAAUCGCCAGAUUUGGUAGAAUCGAUCAAGAUAAAAUCAAAUGAGUUUGCUGAGAAAUCAAAGACCAAGUGUGAUUACAUUGAAAAGGUUGGCUCGUUGGUAUUUUUUGAUAAAAAAUAUAUUUUCAAUUUUUAGAGCAUCGCUGCCAAAUCCAAUUACAACAACAUCAUCUCCAAUUUGGAUACCUAUCUCGAAACUGUCAAAAUCCCUGAAGACAUUCUUGAAUACGAAGUGGAUUUCGAAAAAGUUAGGGAAAUUUUCAAUAAUCUUGUGAAUAUAAUCGAAAUCAUGUGA